AUGAUGUUGUUUCUGUACUUCAUGCUCGCAUAUGCCCAGAUCGAUGAGCUAGGCUAUCUCUACUCAGUAGGCAGGAACCGGUUCAUCACCGUCAAGCAAGACACGCAUGGCACUGUAUUUAUAAUGGGAGCACAUAAAAGUGAAAGGCCAUCUGCAAUCAAAAUCAGUAAGGAAACAGAUAAGGGGCGCGGAGGAUUAAUUAUAUACGCAAACGACAAAGACACUGCAAAGUACGGGCUUACAAACAAAGUGGCCGAUCUUGACUAUCAUAACGGCCACUUGUACUUCUAUCCCAAGCACAUGAAAUGGAAUCAACUUGCAAGGUUUGUUUUACAACCCGGGAACCAGAUCAAGAUUAUGUUUGGAGACCAUAGCUGCCUGUUUAUGGCCGAAGACUAUAAGCUGAAAGGCGAAAGCUGCCGGAAUGAUGGCGAUGACAAGUUCCAACUAUUCACUUGGUAUCCUCAGCGUCACUUUAGUACGUCUCGGCUUCGUAGCAUUCUGAGGAACGGGCCAUCAGAUCCUGACUACUAUACCUCGAAUGGCCACAAUACUCGCCCAAGCGAAUCGCCUUUAGACGAGAGUAACAGAAGGCCGUUUUUCAAAGGUUCAGACUCCAGAUCGGCAUUUUCUGAUAGUGAGUUCAGUAGCGAUAGUGGAUACGGCAACGACAGAACGGGUUGCGAUAACAACCCGCUUUUGCUGCUUGGAAUGGGAUCAUUCGAUGACAGAGACAAAAAGAAGUCGAAACGGUAUGACAGCUUCAAACCUUCUGCAAGUGAUAGCAAACAUAGGAAAAUCACAAAUGACGACUCUAGUAGCAAUGACAAGUAUUAUAAAAGCUCAAGAAAGAUGCACAGUAAGAAAGUAGCACACUACAAUAGCAUGUUUGAUGAUAGUGGAUAUGCUUAUCCAAAGAAGUGCAAUCGUCAUAACAGAGGAAUUAGUGCGCCAAGUACAAGCAAUCUGAGCUUGAGGCAUGCAAACAACAGCAUCUGUUCUAUUCAGAAAAUACUUUUCCAGCCAUUCAAUGGCGACAUCUGCAAUACAGUAGAAAGUUACAACAACAUCAGGAAGAUAAAGAGGUAUGCAUAUAAAAACACAGAUUCAGAUAGCUCUGAAAGUGAUUGCGAUAAUGAUGUUGACAGAAUUUGGGAUUCUAUUCAGGAUAUCAAGGUAUCAUCUGGGAUAUCUGUAUAG